AAAGAAUACACGCAUUCGGAUAGCCAGUCCGCCAUUGUUUAAAUAUGUUCCAAUAGACAGAAAACAAACAAAUAAAAAGGAACGCGUGUUAAAUGAAAACCUUUUUUCCAGUCACAGUUUUCUUGUGAGUCUGCAUUAGCAGUGACCAUGCCUUUAAAUCAUAGUGCUCAAAAGGUCCUUGGGAUUUCAACACCCAUCAACACUGAUGGCCCAAAACCGGUUGACAUCAAGCUUACAGCCAAAUUGACAGACUUUAUGAGGCCAUAUGGUGUAUUUGAGAGUGAUGAUGAGUUAGCUCAUAGAAUGGAUGUUUUGAACAAAGUAAAUCUACUUGUUCGAGAAUGGAUACGUGAUGUGAGUCGAAAAAAGAACAAUAUACCAGAAAGUAAGAUUGAUUCCUUUGGCGGAAUGGUGUGUACUUUUGGGUCCUAUCGUUUAGGAGUUCACACUAAAGGUGCUGAUAUUGAUACCCUGUGUGUGGCACCAAGGCAUGUGGAGCGCACUGAUUUCUUCUCCUCCUUCAUUGAGCUUCUUAAGGAACAGUCCGAAGUGAAAGAUCUCAGGGCUGUGGAGGAGGCAUAUGUUCCUGUUAUCAAGAUGUCGUUUGAUGGGAUUGAGCUGGAUAUGUUGUUUGCCAGACUGGCGUUACCCACAAUCCCAGAGGAUAUUGAUCUGAGAGACGAGACACUUCUGAAGAACCUCGACCAGAAGUGUGUACGCAGUCUCAACGGGUGCAGAGUCACAGAUGAGAUCUUACACCUUGUUCCAAAUGUGGACAACUUCAGAAUGACUCUCAGGGCCAUCAAAUUAUGGGCAAAGAAGAAAGGCAUCUACUCCAACUCCCUGGGCUUUCUGGGCGGUGUUUCAUGGGCCAUGUUGGUCGCCCGCGUGUGUCAGCUCUACCCUAAUGCAGAUCCUUCCACUCUCCUGCACAAGUUCUUUGUGUUCUUGUGUCAAUGGGAAUGGCCCAAACCUGUGUUACUAAAGGAGCUAUCCAUGGAAAACAAGCUGAACUUCACAGUGUGGGAUCCAAGAAUCAACCCACAGGACCGUUUUCACCUGAUGCCCGUCAUUACCCCAGCCUAUCCAUGUCAGAACUCCACAUUCAACGUCACACAGUCCACCAGACAGAUCAUGAUGGAGGAAUUCCAAGAAGGUUUGAAAGUGACCACUGACAUCAUUGAACAAGGAGAGAGUGCAGACUGGAGUCCAUUGUUUGAACCCUCCAAUUUCUUUCAGAAAUACAAGCAUUAUAUCGUACUUAUAUGUGCCGCCCAAGAGGAGAGCUCUUUUCUGGAAUGGCAUGGUUUUGUGGAAUCAAAGAUUCGAAUACUUGUGGGAACACUGGAACGCAAUCCCUUCAUUAAGAUAGCACACGUCACUCCAGAGUCAUUUGGACCUUCAAAUGAGUCGGAUGGGCAGUUCAUUUGCAAAUGGUUCAUUGGUCUGUCUUUCAACAAAAUCGAAAAUCAGAAUGUAGAUCUCACCUUUGACAUUCAGACUUUCACCAACACAAUUUACAAGCACGCUCUUCAUAUCAAGUUGUACAAGGAAGACAUGACAGUAGAGAUCCGCCAUGUAAAAAGGAAAAGCCUGGGCAUGUUUGUGCCAUCAGAAGUACUUGCUAGGGGUGCCAAGCCUCGACCAAAGAAAAUAGUGCCUCACAGCAGCACGGGUAACCUGCAGCGACUGUCACAGGACCAGCCAAAGUCCCUGGUGCACAGUCAGUCCGACUCGAGCCUCGUGCCAGCCACCAUAGAGGGUACUGCAGGGGCACCGUGUGCUGCGAGCAAACCUUUGAAUGGGGAGAUAACUGUGGAGGAACAGGAGCCUGUCACUUCAGAGAAAAAAGAAAAAGAUAAGAGAAAUGAAGUGAUUGUAAUUGAGGACGAUAUGGAACCUGUGAAACGUCCAUGUGACGAUAUUUCUGAAAAUGGUCCUCCCACCAAAAAGCUUAAGCCUGCACCACAGAUGGACACACCCAUGGAUGAGAGCCUACAGAGCCCUAGUAGCGCCCGCAAGCGGGACAGCUCCCCACCCAGCUGUGACACCCCUGUGAAACGAUGCAAGUCAGUCGAGGAAGCACAGGAGAGUGGUUCUCCCAUGCACACUGAGCAGUCCUCCCACAGCCCCAUGGUGAAACGGGACUCUGGGGAUUGCGCAGCCCCUCGGCCCCUGGAAACCCUGGACGAGGCAAAGGAACCUAUGCAGGUUGACAAGGGCUCCUGUAUUCCUGUGCUGGCAGCGGGAAAGACAAUUGAAAAAGUGGCAUGACAGUUGGUGGUGAAGGAAACUAACUGCUAACAUAUUCAGGACCUCCCACCCCACAUAACAUGCAGCAGUUCUCACUGGCUUCAUAUGUCAAAUAAUUGUACAGAGUUGAGACUUGAGUGCAGAUGUGCACAUUAUUUUUUUGUAAUUUUCAUGUUUCUCAAUUGCACGAUCAGUAUAAAGUGCAUGUAAAUACAUGUAAUUCCUCUUUAAAAAGUUCAUGAAUUCAUCCCACAGCAGUAUGCUGAUCAUUAGUUCAUUGCAUCAAAAUGAUUUCAUGCCACUGUUAUCACGUUUGCUUUUUCACUUCUUUAUUAAAAAGCAACCUGAGUGGGUACAAUGAAAGUUUGUGUUCCAUUGACUUGACUCAAAGCUCUGUUCACUUCUGUCACUAGGCCCAGCUUACACUUGUGUUACUCAUUUUCAGCCUACGGGCAACUACAGGCUAACAAAAUAAGUUGAGUAAUCCCUCAUAUGCACGUUGUUUCACCUUGAAUUGUUAACAGAUUUUAAAUUAAAGAGUGAAUCAUUGCUACAAGCGGUCUGUCAUGUUCAGUCCAGCAGCGCUGCAUAUUGUUAAUGUUAUUUGACUGGUGGGCUCAUGAAAGCCAUUGAAGUCACUAGAGUUUGCUCUUUACCCAGCGCGGGCACCGCCUGCCCAGCAAGGAGGUACCAGAUCUGCUGAGCCCGCUGGCGACCAAUGGCGCUCCAGUCAGUGGAAGCUCCACCAAUCUGCCAAAACACAGCAUCAAGCUCUCCCUCAGGAGGUGAUGGGAUCACUACCAGAGUUGUGGCCCUAGUGGAAGAGAUUGUACGAUAAGAUUAUGGGCCUUGCAGCAGAGAUUGUUGCAACAGAUUUCCAGCCCUGUGAAUGGGUUUGUUCCCUCAAAGAAUUCAUGGUUACUCUAGUGGAGUGUUUUGUACUUCUUGGGUUCCGAACGCUAUAGUAUAGAUUGCACACCUCUUUCUUACCUCCCCUUGCAUAGUGAAGAGAUUGCCGGCAUAUGUAGUCUGGAUCCAUAUAUAUGUCAAUUUUCAAGCUCAAUUUUAGUCAGCCAAUGGAACUUAAAGCAUAAAUGCAACAUAUUUAGCAAGCAUUCUGCUUUGUUUAUAAGUUUAGAUGCUUAUUUUGAUAGAUUGAAGUCUUUUAUUGUUGGGGAAGACUUGAACACUGCAUCAUGGUCCCUGAACUACUUUCCAGUAAGGUCCUGUCAAGCUUAAACUUGGAGGAUUUUAUCCUUGGGUGCCCUGUGAAAAUUCUAUUAUGGUAGUAUCAUAUCUGUGUGGUUGCUCUGAACUUAAAAUGGCCUGUAAAGCAAACACCAUGGCAUUAUUCUUGCUACUGUUUAAUGAUUUUCAUAACAUUUAAAUCACGCUGGGGCCAGGCUAGCUUAGUUGAUAGACCACAAAAUUGUUUAUUUUGUCAUCAUGAGUUUGAAUCCAAGAAAUAGUUGAUUUAAAUAUUGUGCCCUAGACUUGUAAAAAAAACAAACUGAAAUGGGGCUAUAUGUUGUUUAUACAAGAUAUUUAAUGUCUCAACAUGCAGUUUUUAGUACAUUCUGCAAAUAAAUGUGUUCAUUUGACUUUAGGCACAAACUUGUUCAGGGAGUACAUUUUUCAUAGUACUGGAACAACAUUCAAACCCAUAUGCAUUGUUUCUUAUGAAAGGAAGUUGAGCAUGUGCAAUUGUUAUUAUCUUGUGUAAAAAAGUACGCCCCUUUCACAAAAUAGAAUUUCUAUAACAUAAUUCUUCUUGCUACAUUUUAUAACAUGGGAGAUGGGACAGGUAAGGUGGGAUAUUCCUCACUAGUGAUACACGCUCUAGUUUAAACCAGACAUCAACAGGUAGUUCUUUUUAUCACAUAAUAAAGUUCACAGUUUGUAUGCAACUGCUGAUUUACUUGUAUUAAGUUAAAGGUACAUAGUUGAUCUUUGCUAGCUGUAUUGCUAUAUAUAUAUAUGUAUGUAUGUAAAAGGCUUAGAAUAAACAAAAGCCUUUUUUACUGCCAAUAUUUUUGGCAUAAUACAAUAUUUGUUGAUGUAUACAGGAACAAUCUUGAGGGAGUUCCUUCAUGGUGUUUGUAUUUUUUUCACAUUUUGUUUCCUUAAGAUAAGAGUAUAAUAAACUUUGCGGUAUGUAAUGGUUAGUGUAUAGUUUAUGUUGGUUAGGAAUUAUUAAAUGUAAAUUGAUUUAAAAGUAUGAAGAACUCUUUAUUUAACUUCAUGUCCUGUAAAUAAUGAUAUAUAAAUGUAUAUUUGUAAAAUUGAUCUGUUCUUUCGAAUUUGGCUGAAGUGUUCUGCUUUCUCUCGAUACUGUGAAUGGUUUUGUUUGUGUUAGCUGUAUUUAAGUUGCUUAAAAGAUAAUAUUCUAUUUUGAGAUAUUGUAUUAAUGUAAAUAAACUUGACUGUAAUGAAUGAAACAAAAAAAAAUCAAGGUUAUUUACAUACAUAGCCAUCAAAAUCUAAAAUUAUAUUUUAAGUAUAACCACAAAAUUAAUUCUGCAGAUUGUGCAAAUUGUUCAAGAACCUUUUGUGCAUUGUUUCUUUGGUAGAUGAACAACAAUAUACAGUUGCAGUGUAUUUUAGUAUCAUUCUGGUAAAGGAAUUUUAAUGCAUGUGUGUAAAGGAUUUCCCAGAUAAGCCUGCGCAGGCUGGACAGGCUAAUCAGGGACAGCACUGCCUGCUGGUAUGACAUUUUUCAUUUAAACUUACAUAAAUACUCAAAAUAAAGGAACAUUUUGCCAAAUGUUUCGUAAAAUAAGGUUAACCCAUCAAAAUAGUUUCUUAUAGCAAUAGCCCUUUGACACUAGAUGUGGUAUGGAACAUACAUUUAACAAGAUACAAAAUGCUUGUUUUUAUUUUUUGUGCGAAAAUAUAUUCCAUGUUAAUUUCCCACCACAAUAUCUGAACAUUUACGAGCAAUCACGAGACUGGCUUUGGGCAGCGUUGGAAGAACAAUGUUUUCAUGAGAACAACGUCGUGCUUCCAAAGCUGCCCGAAGCCUAUCUCACGUUCGCUUGUAAAUGUUCGGAUAUCAUUGCCGGAAAUUCACAUGGAAUUUAUUGGGACACACAAAAAAAACGAGCUUUUGUAUCGCGUUAAAUCUAUGUAACCAGACUACAUCUAGCGUCAAAACUUUUGGAUAUUGCUAUAAGGAGCAUUGACUUGUAUGUGUAAAUUAUUUUUCGAAAUAUUGUAAGAAAUCUUCGUUGAUUUUAAGUGUUUAUAGGGCUUUUAAAGGAAUCUCUUCUUAAUGAAAAUAUACUCUAGGCUAAACUCAGACAACACUAUGCACAGAUUUAUAGCCCCAUUUUGUCAGAGAGAGGCCCAUAAGUUUUUUUUCUCUCAAAAACAUGUGAGAAUGUUUGAAUGAAAGGUUCGCAGUAUAUUUAUUACUGUACAAUUUAGCUUUGAAUUGAAGGCAUUUUCUUUUCUUGAGUGGGUUUUUAGUGCCAAUGAUGUAUAGAGAAUAUUUGGUCAUUUUAGUAAUACAACGUAAAUGUUCCUUUGAUUUUGUCAUGUUUGGUGAUUUUUAAGGGAUAUAAAGUACUAACUAUGUAUUUAAUUGUUCAGUUACUGGACUGAUUCUACUUAUUCAAUGCUACAGGAUCCUAACUUUAAUGUUUGUAAAUGGUACAUGAACCUGUUUGUAUGACGUGAACAAUAACUAGUAACUUUGUGUUCCAUAUAUAUAUAUAUAUAUUUGAAUUUAUUUUGUGUGUGUUUUUUUUUAUUAAGAUAAAUGUUUUUGAGAAUGUGAACUUCAGAUAUGUUUUUGACUGAACAAACAUGGGGCAGUUUUUGUUACGCCUUCGUUCUGAAAGCUUCAUAUAGCAGUAACACCGGUUGAGUGUAUAUGUGCAUGCUUGCGUCAGAGCUUGUCUGGACUGGAACACUGUCAUUCAUCAGGUAAUUUAUCAUCUUACCAAAAAAAGGUCAAAUUCUGACUAAAAACAGUACUUAAUCAUGCAAUUUUAAGGUAACAUACCACAAUUGACCUCUGGCUUCAUGAGGAAACGGCAUGUCAGCUCUAAUCACCUAUAAUUCUAUUAUCACCCCUACAUGUACCUCUAAUGUUACCAAAAUUCUGCCCUGUUGCACUUAUUUAAUUAAACCUGGAUCAUACAUUUCUACAACUGAAAUAAUUUCAUGAAACCUGGCAGACAAAUGCCUGAAGGCCAUUGACCAUUACAUUUGUGUUAUUGGAUAAAAUAACUAAGUAUAUUGAUGAUUGACAUUUGCUUCACCCUACAGCUUAAAGUGAAACAUAUGUAAAAGUAAUUUAUACUAUACAGCAUGGUAUGAUACAAGCAUGUGCUACUAUUUGUUCAAACAUUGCAUAUCCGUAUUCCAUCAUCAAUGCAAUUUUUAGCGUCUCUAAAUUUUUAACAUGCCUCUAUUUUCGGACACCUGCAUUAACAAAAAUAUAGUUAUUAAGGUACAUGUAAUUACUGGUAAUACUAAUACAGUAGAUUGCCGAUUUUGUUCUCAUCAUUUAGUGUUUUAUGUACAAAGGCAGGUUACAAUGUACAUCAUGACAAUGUCAAGUCUGUAAAUACUGUCAAUAUGCUAUUAUUACUUGUACAGGGUGCACACAUCAUCACUUAAACAAACUGUUGUGUACAUAUGAUAUAAUAUUGCUUCUUUUUUACAAUGCUUCUAACGUGUUUCACUUUUUGUAAAAGUGCUAAAAUUUAUGAGUUGUAAAAAAUUGAUUGUUUUUUUUAAUGAUAGAAAAAGUACCUUUGAUGGACAAUGUUAGUGUGAAAUACAGAUGUAUGUUAGUAGAAAAUCUAUACCAAGUUUUGUUUAUCCCAUCAAUUUUGCAUUAUUCUUUUUUUUUAAAUGUAAAUUGGUGGGAAAAAAAUCAAAUAAAUAACAAUUUUAAAAUCAACAAAAUGAUGUCACUGUUCUGUGCAUGUUUGCUGUAUUGAACAAUGUUGAAUACUGCAAAAAAUUGUAGAUGGGGUGUAAUUUCGUAAAUGGGUAUAGUUUGAGAGAAUAAAAUCCUUAUAUAAUGCUUUUUGGUAUAUUAUAUUAAGUCAAAUGUUGAUUUUCAGUAAUCUUUUCCUUUUUCAAUGUGUCUUCUUUAAUCUAAAACAAUUUUUCAGCGAUUUCAACAAUUGAUGGUGAAGAAUUUAAUGUAAUACAAAAAUCUGUGAACAAUACCUUCAACAAUAUUAUUAUUGUGUCCAUGUUGUUCUGUUUAUACUUGAAAUACAUACAUUGAUAAGAGAGAUAUAGAAGAAUGCAUAUCCAUUUAAAGUCUCGUAAAAGUUUAGAGGGCGAAAAUAGCCUAUAUAACCAACAUUCGGCUUACCUAUUAAAAUCAAGCAUCUCUCCCAAAUGAAACUUUACUCUUUUAGCUCACCUGAGCACAACAUCUAGAGGUCACAUUUAUUGAAAUUUGGUCAGAAGAUUGGUCUCAAUGAUAUCUUGGAUUAGUUUGAAAAUAAUUAUGUUUGCUUGAAAAACAUGGCUUCCAAGGGGCGGGGCAAUUUUCCGUAUAUGGCUAUAGUAAAAUCUUGUAAACACUCUAGAGGCCACAUUUACUGUCCGAUUUUCAUGAAACUUGGUCAGAAGAUUCAUCCUGAUAAUAUCUUGGACGAGUUCAAAAAUGAUGCCGGUUGGUUGAAAAACAUGGCUGCCAGGCGGGGCGGGGCAUUUUUCCUUAUAUGGCUAUAGUAAAACCUUGUUUACACUCUAGAGGCCACAUUUAUUUUCCAAUCUUCAUGAAACUUGGUCAGAAGAUUUGUCCCAAUAAUAUCUUGUUAUCUCAGGUGAGAGACUUUGGGCCUUUCAGGCCCUCUUGUUUAUGUUUUGUUUUAACUUCCUGGAAAAAAGGACAUCACAAGCAUUAUGUUUGAAUUUACAAGUCGAGUUAUGGUUAUCAAUUACUAGUACUAGUAAACAGUGCAAUUUCGCAGUUGUCUUAUAAACCUAUACUGAAAAAUAUUGGUAAAAAUAUUGGUACACCAAAGAGAGAAAUUAUAAAUAAUUAUCAACAAAAUAUUUGUUUCCAUAUGAGCUGACUUAUAAGUGAGAAGAAACUGCUGCCAUGAAAUUAAGUUUAUAAAAUGUUUGACGGAUGUUGUGUGGAAAGUCAAAUGCUGUACAAAAUGCUGCAGUGAUGGUCCUCAAAAUGACCCGUCCAUCUUACCUUGAAGAGAAGAAGAACUUUUUAUAAAAAGUCCCUCAAAUAUAUAUACAAAGACAGUGUUUAUAAACAGUUUGAACUUCAACACAGAAUUAUUUUGUUUAAUGUGUCCAUUAAAAUAAAAUGCUUUUUGUCAGUAUGGAAGUAUAAGAGAGUUGCAUUAUCUUAAAUUAAUCAUAUUGCUUUGUGAAACUUUUUGUGUUUUAUUACUUUUUAUGUUAAUUCAAUAAUAACAAAUGUGCACAAAUAUAAAUGUACAUUAUUUGAUUUAUUUAGUUAUCUGUGUGAAUUUGUACACAUUUUUAUGCCCCUGGUAGGGUGGCAUAUAGCAGUUGCACUGUCCAUCUGUCUGGCAUUACAUUUUCCGGACUUUUUUCAUAAAUGCUUUGAGAUAUUCACCUAAUAUUUGUUGUGUUAGUCUACCUACAUGACUUACAGAUGAAUUGAGAGUUUCAUUCCGGUUUCAUUCCGGUCCAUUGAGUUAUGGUUAUUGGACUUAGGCAUUUCUCUAUUAUAAAUGUUUUCCUGAGAUUUUUUUUUACAAAAGUCUUUCAGAUAUUUAGCUGAUUUUUGGUAAAUCUACCGACUUGACCUUCAGAUGAAGUGUUAGUUUCGUUCUGGUCCAUUGAUUUUUGGCGAUGUUAUGGGCCUUUGACUUGGAAAUUAAUUUUCUCUAUAAUAACCGUUUUCCGGAUGUUUUUUUAUGAAACGCUUUAUGAUAUUCACUGAUAUUUUGUUUGUGAGUGUACCUACAUAACUUUAAGAUCAAGUCGGACUUUCAUUUCGUUCCAUUGAUAUUUGACUAAAUCAGCGGCCUUGGGCUUUUCUUAAAAAUAACACUUCAGGAGUUUUUUCCAAAACGCUUUCAGAUACUGUCCAAGGCCCUAAACUUUGUCAUAUAUCAAUGGCCCAUAACUUUGUAGUGAUUUUAAGCUCAUCUGCCACAGAGUGACAUAGUGAGCUUAUGUGACUGUGUGAUGUCCGUUGUGCGUCCGUCCGUCUGUCAACAAUUUGUUUGUGUAGACAGUAGAGGUCACAGUUUUCAUCCAAUCUUUAUGAAAUUUGGUCAGAAUGUAUAUCUUGAUGAAAUCUGGGUUGGGAUUGUUUUUGGGUCAUCUGGGGUCAAAAACUAGGUCACUAGGUCAAAUAAUAGAAAAACCUUGUGUAGACAAUAGAGGUCACAGUUUUCAUCCAAGCUUUAUGAAAUUUGGUCAGAAUGUUUAUCUUGAUGAAAUCUGGGUUGGGAUUGUAUUUUGGGUCAUCUGGGGUCAAAAACUAGGUCUCUAGGUCAAAUUAUAGAAAAACUUUGUGUAGACAAUAGAGGUCACAGUUUUUAUCCAAUCUUUAUGAAAUUUGGUCAGAAUGUUUAUCUUGAUGAAAUCUGGGUUGGGAUUGUAUUUGGGUCAUCUGGGGUCAAAAACUAGGUCACUAGGUCAAAUAAUAGACAAACCUUGUGUAGACAAUAGAGGUCACAGUUUUCAUCCAAUCUUUAUGAAAUUUGGUCAGAAUGUUUAUCUUUAUGAAAUCUGGGUUCGGAUUGUAUUUGGGUCAUCUGGGGUCAAAAACUAGGUCACUAGGUCAAAUAAUAGACAAACCUUGUGUAGACAAUAGAGGUCACAGUUUUCAUCCAAUCUUUAUGAAAUUUGGUCAGAAUGUUUAUCUUUAUGAAAUCUGGGUUCGGAUUGUAUUUGGGUCAUCUGAGUUCAAAAACAAGGUCACUAUAUCAAAUCAUAGAAAAAAAUUGUGUAGACAAUAGAGGUCAUCUGAUCUUAAUGAAAUAUGGUCAGAAUGUUUAUCUUGAUAAUAUCUGAUUUUAAAUCGUAUAUGGGUCAUCUGGGUUCAAAAAUUAGGUCACUUGGCCAAUUCUAGUAAAACCUUGUGUAGAUGAAAGAGGUCACAGUUUUCAUCACAUCUUAAUGAAAUUUUGUCAGAAUGUAUUAAUUGAUGAAAUCUGGCUUGGGUCUGAUAGAAUUUAAGUUGAUGUAGCAAGGUUAGUCAGGUGAGUGAUUCAGGGCUAUCAUGGCCCUCGUGUUUUCAAAUGGGAUAUAGCUGCUGUGUGGCUUGAAAGUGCAGUAGGGGGUACUGUGUUUCACAAACACAGCUCUUGUUUGCAUAUACAUGUGUCAUAUGAUUCAUUUGAUGUCUCUAAGGAGGAUUUUUUAUGGAAAUUUCAUAGGAUGUAGGUAUCUUCACUUCUAUCCUUGUACAUUUGGUGUAUCUAAACAGUAUUGUCACUGACAAAAUGCUGCUAUGUGUAGACAACUAGAUAUCUUAUAAUUGUGUGUUUGUACUCAAACUUGGUCAUGGACAUUUUCAUUUGAUUCUCAUAAUUCACACACAAAUCAGGAAUAGUCUCACAGCAUGCUACCCUCCAUCCCAUUGUAUGUGCUUACACUGAUUGGCCUGUAAUAUUAAAUAACAUUGGAUUUAUAUAGUCAUUGUUUUUUAUGUUGGACAUUGUAUGUAACUAUUGACGAUUCAAUCCUUCCCCCCCCCCCUUCUCCUCGUGACAUACAGUUUAUCACCAUAACAUGCAUAAUUCAUAGAUAGUUGUGAGCUUCUUUUCUUGUAAGGUAUACAUUGUUGUGUGAGUACUUUAAAAUGAUUGUUGUUCAUUAUUACAAUUAAACAUUGUUAUUUUAUUCUAUUUUGAACAUAAUAAAAUUUUGAAUUUAAAA